ACAAUAGAUAAACAGGAAAGCACUAAACCCCCCCGAGUAAAAGCCUGUCAGAGAAAUCAAAAGCACCAUAAAAUUUCUUUACACUUUUCUACUGAAGUUGAGUAAAAUAAAAUUAAAUCUGUCGCUUAAUUUGUUAUCUUCCUCAUUCAUUUUUUUUUUCUUAUUCAAUUCCAACUUGAUCUGGCAAUGAUUAGUUCGCACUUCGCAGAGAAGUGCAUUGUCUGAUUGUCCAACACAUGACGCUAUUCAUCCCAAUUGCAGAAUUGAAACAUAGCUAAUAAAACUGAUGUUCAAAAAUCUAAUGCAGUGCUUUCAGAAAAAUGACCCAAAAAGAAAAAGAGCAGUGUCUAAUUCUACCAUGAGAGACCAGGAAAAACGAAGCCGCUGGAGCCCAAUAGAGAGAAGAUGCCUCUCCCUCCUUCACCAAAUCAAUUCCAGAGCCUCGCUUCUUAAAAUCCAUGCCUUCAUGCUCCGAAACGCCCUCGAAACCAAUGUCUGUCUCCUCACUAAAUUCAUCGCAUCCUGUUCUUCCGUAGCGGCUGCGGCUGACCCACACAUCGGCAUCUGUUACGCUCGAAGCGUGUUCGACCGGAGGCCUCACAGAGAUGAUGCUUUCCUUUGUAACUGCAUGAUCAAGGCCCACGUGGGUAUCCGCCAAUUCCCUGAAUCUAUCACUCUUUACAGAGAUCUCAGGAGGGACACAGGCUUUGCUCCCAAUAGCUUUACUUUCACCUGGUUGACGAAUUCCUGUGGUUUGGACAUGGCCAUUUGGGAAGGUCUAGAGAUGCAUAAUCAUGUUUUGAAACUAGGUUUUUGCGUUGAUAUGUUUGUGUCGACGGCAUUGGUUGAUAUGUACGCAAAAUUUGGGAAGAUAGUAUGUGCAAGAGACUUGUUCGAUGAAAUGACUGAAAGAAGCCAAGUCUCUUGGACGGCUGUUGUUGUUGGUUAUGCAAGGUCUGGGGAUACGGGUAAUGCGAAGAUGCUUUUUGAUCAAAUGCCUGAUAAAGACACAGCGGCAUUUAAUGCAAUGAUUGAUGCUUAUGUCAAACUGGGUGAUAUAGGUUCUGCUAGGAAUUUGUUUGACGAGAUUUCUGAGAAAAAUGUAGUAUCUUGGACAACUAUGAUUCAUGGGUACUGUGAAAAUGGUGAUGUUGAUUCUGCCAGGUCAUUAUUUGAUGCCAUGCCCGAGAAGAAUCUUCUUUCUUGGAAUGCAAUGAUUAAUGGGUGUUGCCAAAAUAAACAACUCCUUGAAGCAUUGAGACUGUUUCGUGAGAUGCAAUUGAAUACACCAUUUGAACCUGACGGAGUUACCAUUGCAAGUGUUCUUCCAGCUAUUGCUGGUCUGGGUGCCCUAGAUUUGGGUGAUUGGGUCCACCAGUUUGUUCAGAGGAAGAAGCUUGAUAGGGAGGCCAAUGUCUGUAAUGCGCUAGUUGAUAUGUACGCCAAAUGUGGCAAUAUUGAUGAGGCAAGAAGAGUUUUCUUUAAGAUUCCCAAGAAAGAAGCAGCUUCUUGGAAUGCUAUGAUAAAUGGUUUUGCUAUAAAUGGAUGUGGAAAGGAAGCAUUGGAGACAUUUUCUGAGAUGAUACACAAUGGAUUUAGGCCAAAUGAGAUAACGAUGAUUGGUGUUUUGUCUGCUUGCAACCAUAGUGGUCUAGUGGAGGAAGGGAUGAUGAAAUUUAAAGAAAUGGAGGUAUUUGGUCUUAGGCCACAAAUUGAGCACUAUGGCUGUAUGAUUGGCCUUUUAGGGAGGGCAGGGCUUCUGGAUGAAACUGAAAAGCUGAUAGAGAGCAUGCCUUAUGAAGCUAAUGGCAUCAUUUUGAGCUCUUUUUUGUUUGCAUGUUGUUACUCUAAGGAUGUUUCAAGGGCCGAGAGAGUAAUAAAAAAGGCAAUCAAGAUUGAGCCAUAUAAUAAUGGGAACUAUGUUAUGUUGAGAAAUUUGUAUGCCAUGGAGGGAAGAUGGAGAGACGUGGAAGAAAUUAAAGAAAUGAUGAGGAUGAUUGGUUCAAAGAAAGAAGUUGGCUGUAGUGCCAUUGAGAUUGAUAAUACAGUUUUGGAGUUUGUAGCUGGACAUAGUAUGCAUCUGCUGUCGGAGAUCAUCCAUUUAGUAAUAAGGCAAUUAUGGAUGCACAUGAAGGGAGAAGGCAGUGACUAAGACUGGAGGAGACAGCAGAGGUGUAGCAGUGGGCAAAGCACAAGCUGACAUGAAUACCAUUCCAUGUUGUUUGUCUAUUCUGCAUACACCAUACACCCAGUUGAAAUGCUAGUCAUUCAUGACUUUUAGAAUUCUUUUUUGCCUUCAACCAGGUAAAGGCGUAAAGCAGACCUGAUCUGGUGGCAUUUUGAGCCCAAACACUUUUAUCUGCAAGUAAAGCAUAUAAAAGUUUGAGCAGAUGAUUCUCCAAGAGAUGCAAGCAUCAAUAGUUACUUGUGUGCCUCUAGACUCAACCUUUUGCAUGGAGUCUCAACUACUCUGAAACCACUCAGUUACCAUAUCAAGCCUCAACAGACUAAAUAGUUGCCCGAAGCAUUACUUGAAUAUUAAACAAGUGACCCCAAAACUUGUACUCUUCUGUUGCUUAUGAACUUAUGGAAGUGCCCAGCUGGGUUUACUCUGCUGAGUUGGGAGAGAAGAAAUCAAAGUUUUUCUUAGAAGCCGAGGAAUUACCUCAUGUUCUUCCCAGUGGAGAGGAAAAAAGAACAAGAUUCUGUAAAUAUGUAAUAGACUGGCAUUGGCUGUUUCAAGAUUUGAGAUUUUUUCCUCUAUGAUUUGGCGGCAAUUAUGAUUCAUCUGGUACUAGGUUUUAGGAAAGAUCAUUUCCAGAGGGCACAAAAUCUCAAUCAUAUAUUCCUAGUUUUUCUAACAUUCUGUUAUGUGCAGUAGUGCAUGAGACACAAAUUUAUCUCAUGCUUUCAUUUAUUCUUUACAAUCUGAUAUUAUAGUGCUUGAAAUUUUUUGU